UCACCGGUGAGACGAAACUCCAUUUCCCAUGAUCCUUUGUUCCACUCCGCAGUGAUGUGGGGUGUGGUGGUUGAAUGACUGUGUGUGUAUGUGAGUGUGUAUCUCAGUAUGUGUGUGUGCUGGAGGGGAGCUCUCUCCGCACAGAACCGAGAGCCGCAAAUCCACAUCGGAGCAUCUAUGAGCGGAGGACAGAAAGAUGCGGACAGCGGUGUGUAGCGGAUCCACAGGGAGUGUAAAACCAAGAGGACAUGAGUGAAAUAUCUGAAUUUAAUGGCUCUUUCAUCGGCACUGUGGAAUUUUUUUUCACCGGAUGAAUCUGGACGUGUAGCGGGACUGCAAUGGAGCGUCGAUGCAACGCGUGAGAGCUGCUGACCGUCUGUCUGUUUGAAGGCUGAGAUAACAGACAAUAAGAAAAGGCAAUUAGCCAUUAGGAAUAGUGGUAUCUCAACAUUUGCACUGUUAAAUGUUAGAGCCUAUGCUAUUAGGAACUGUAGUUAUUUUCCUUUAUGAUAUGAUCAAGAAGCCUUACCGAUUUUUUAUUAAUGAAUAGAAAAGCAGUGGUGACACAUUGAAACUGACAGAGUAUUCAAGGGUGAUUAAAGGCAUCAUAAAGGUUUUCAGUCUUUUUUUGUUGGUGAUCUUUAAAUUGUCAUUUUGCUGUUUACAACAAGAAACAGAAGCCAGUCAUGUCAAAGAAUAAGAGCAGCGAGUCAGUGAAGGUGGUAGUUCGAUGCCGCCCUUUGAACCGGAAAGAGGAGUCCAACGGGCCUGCAGGGGGCAUCAUACAGAUGGACCUGCGGCUGGGACAAGUGAUCCUCAGAAACCCUCGCGCACCACCCAGCGAGCCCCAGAAAACAUUCACAUUCGACGCAGUUUACGAUGCAAACUCCAAACAGCGAGACUUGUACGAUGAGAGCGUUCGGCCGCUGAUAGAUUCGGUGCUCGCAGGUUUCAACGGUACCAUAUUUGCAUAUGGGCAGACCGGGACAGGGAAGACGUACACCAUGCAGGGAGCGUGGAUGGACCCAGAGAAACGAGGAGUGAUACCCAACGCCUUUGACCACAUCUUCACACACAUUUCCCGCUCACAGUCUGACAAGCAGUACCUGGUGCGGGCUUCCUACCUUGAGAUCUAUCGGGAGGAGGUCCGGGAUCUCCUGGAUCCCAACCAUGGCAAUGCCCGGGCCCUGGAGCUCAGGGAGAGUCCUGACACCGGGGUGUACGUACAAGACCUCACGUCAUGUGUCUGCAAGAGCAUCAAGGAAAUUGAGGAGGUGAUGAACGUCGGCAACCAGGCAAGGGCAGUUGGUGCGACAGACAUGAAUGAACAUUCGUCCAGGUCCCAUGCUUUGUUCCUGAUCACGGUGGAGUGCAGCCAGCCGGGACCAGAUGGGAGGAAACACAUCAGGGUUGGUCGCCUCAACCUGGUGGACUUGGCUGGCAGUGAGCGUCAGGCCAAGACAGGCGUCCAGGGAGAGCGCCUGAAGGAGGCCGCUAAGAUCAACCUUUCCCUGUCAGCUCUGGGGAAUGUGAUCUCAGCGUUGGCGGACGGGCGCAGCAGCCACGUUCCAUACCGGGAUUCCAAGCUUACCCGCCUUUUGCAGGACUCAUUGGGCGGGAAUGCCAAGACUGUCAUGGUGGCCACUCUAGGCCCAGCGCCCCAGCACUACGACGAGACCCUCACCACCCUCCGCUACGCCAACCGAGCCAAGAACAUCCAGAACCAGCCCAAAGUCAAUGAGGACCCCAAAGACGCCCUGCUGCGCGAGUUCCAGAGGGAAAUUGCUCGCCUCAGGGCCCAGCUCAACCACAGGAAGUGGAGGAGCCAACAGAAGAAGGAGCAGGUGGACGGCGAGGGCUGGGAGAGAGAUGGGGAUGAAGAUACAGAGGGUGAGGAGGAGGUGGAGAAGGAGGCAGAGGAAUAUGUGAAGCAGGAAGAGCAGCGGCUGGAAAGGGAGAAGGAGGCCAUCAGAGGAGAUCGUUCCCUGUUGGCUGAUGAGAAGCAGAGGCUUCUGGGGGAGAAAGAGAGGAUGAUGGGGGAUCUGAGGAAGGAGCAGGAAGCCACUGAGCAGCUGACCGCCAGAUACAAGGCAAUGGAGAGCAAGCUGCUGGUCGGAGGAAAGAACAUCAUAGAUCACACCAAUGAACAGCAGAAAAUGCUUGAGAUGAAAAGACAGGAGAUUGCUGAGCAGUCACGCAGGGAGAGGGAGAUUCAGCAGCAGAUGAUGGUCCAGGAUGAUGAGACGCUGGAGCUGAGGGAGACUUUUACUUCUCUGCAACAGGAAGUCGAAGCCAAGACCAAGAAACUUAAGAAGUACCUGAAGUUGUAUGCCAAGCUCCAGUGCAUCAAAGCGGAGAUCCAGGACGUUAACGAUGAGCAUGUGAGGAGCCGACAGGAGCUGGAGCAGACUCAGAACGAGCUCACCAGAGAGCUCAAGUUUAAGUAUCUGAUCAUAGAGAACUUCAUCCCUCCAGAAGAGAAGAAUAAGAUCAUGAACAGACUGACGUUUGACCCAGAGGAGGAUCAGUGGAAGUUCCAGCCUCUUGUCCCCGCUGAAAGUAAAUCCUUGCAGAUGAAGAAAAGGCCGACAUCUGCAGUUGGAUACAAACGACCCAUCAGCCAGUACGCCAGGGUUGCCAUAGCGAUGGGGGCUCAUUCCAGAUACAGGGCUGAGAACAUCAUGUUUCUGGAGCUGGACAUGACUCCUCCAAACACUGCCUCUCUGGAUCGAUCAACGGAGGCCGAGUCGAACCAAAGUCCCUCUCUGGACAGCUCCCCCACCAAGGACAGAGGUGUCCGCAAGUCUCGCUCCUGGUGCCAGACUCCAAAAUCCAUCACUUCCUCCUCUUCCAAUGUUUCCUUGGCAGCGUGCCACACUGCCACACCUGCAGCGGCACAGUGAAACGUGGAAGCUUCAGCAAAUACUUUUUCUAUUGUUAUUUAUUUACCAGAUUUCUUCUUUGUCUUUUCUUCUUCCGCUUUUGGUGCUGGGACACGAAACACACAAGACCAUCUCCUGAGAAAUUACGACAAGAACAUGAUCUCGUGACAGGAAACUAAAGGACUUUACAAACCUCAUAAACUCUGUAGAACAAAUAUUGAUGAGACCCAUUGGACCGCCCUACUUUAUCUGCAUGUAUGAGACCAAGAGCUUCGGAUCAUCCUUUUAACAUUCAAACAACUGGCUGCAGAGCAGUACUGCCCAGUGUGUGUGUGUGUGUGUGUGUGUGUGUGUACUGUACAUACAGGGCUGUAUGAUUGCCUGUUUGUGUUUCUAAUUGUGACCAGUGUGGAGCUGAAAGCUGCUUGAAUCCCCUGUAAGAUAUCAGUGUACAUAUUUCAUGUAUUUGGAGUUUUGCAGACCAGGUUUGGUCUGUUUUCUGUGUAAAAGAAGGGGGAUAGAUGGCUUAGAAAUGAAUUCAUAGUACAUUCCUUCAAAGAGUUUAUGUCUGUGUGGGCUUUUGGGUUUGAGAACAGUGGAAAAUAACAAUAUAACAUAUGAAGUGUUCUGUUGUUGGUCAGAUGAGGUAGUUUGAAACCUGAAUGAAGACCUUUAUCAUACCUGUUAUCUCCCAUCAAUCAUCUGUCCCUUCACAAUGUCUAAUUUAAAAGAACUGCCUUAAAAUAACCUUAUUUAAACAAAGAUACUUAGGCAUGUACCAUUUUCAAAAUGAUUUUAGUUACAGUGAUACUAAUUGAGCGUGAAAGUUCAUUCUGGACCUUGGAAACAACAACAAAAUGUGUCAAAUGUGAAUAUUUAGUCCUCUGUGACAGUAAACUGAAUAUCUUUGGG